CCGGGAACUUUGCCUUUCCGCUCGCAGUCCUUAUCGAGGACACGGAACGCACUGAGACAUCCUGUAACUCCUGGAUCACGCUCAGCGUGCCCCUGCACGGGUUUGCAUCCCAGGAAGCGUGGUGUUCCCUCGCCAGCCUCUCCUCCCAGCUGGGGAGAAGCCUGUGUCCAGGGAGCUUAAAACAAACUGUGGCUCUUUGCAUGGUGCUGAAAUAAUCCUUCCUGUUCGUUGUGACAAACAGCUCCAGGUUGAACACAAGACACAGAACAGCCAGAAGUUCCAUGGAGUUGGACUAAAAUAAAGUUUUGGGAUGUCUCUAUUUGGAUUAAAAUUUGGAAAGAAGAAAUUGAAAGAGGAAGAGAGACAACUUCAAGCAAACAACCGGGAUUUUAAUCUGCAGUUUGAAUAUGCUAACAAUUCAAUUAAAACAUCGAAAUACAAUUUCUUCACUUUCCUGCCUCUCAACCUGUUUGAGCAGUUUCAGCGAAUAGCCAAUGCUUACUUCCUUUUCUUGCUGAUUUUGCAGCUGAUUCCGCAGAUUUCCUCACUGGCCUGGUUUACAACAGUGGUGCCCCUGGUGCUUGUGCUAGCUGUAUCAGGAGUCAAGGAUGCUAUUGAUGAUUUUAAUCGACACAAAAGUGACAAACAUGUCAACAACCGUCCAGUCCAGGUCCUGAUCAAUGGCAUGUUAAAGGAGCAAAAAUGGAUGAAUGUCCAAGUGGGGGAUAUAAUAAAACUAGGAAACAACAACUUUGUGACAGCUGAUCUCCUGUUGCUGUCGAGCAGUGAGCCGCACAGCCUGACGUACAUUGAGACAGCUGAGCUGGAUGGUGAAACAAACCUGAAGGUGAAGCAGGCACUAACAGUCACUGCAGAGCUUGGAGAAGACCUUCAGAAGCUGACAGAGUUCAAUGGAGAAGUCAGAUGUGAGGCACCAAACAACAAACUGGAUAAAUUCACAGGAACUCUUACUCUUUGGGGAGAGAAAUAUGCCCUGGACAAUGAGAAGAUGUUGCUGAGAGGCUGUACUAUCAGGAACACAGAGUGGUGCUUUGGGCUUGUCAUUUAUGCUGGGCCAGACACAAAACUCAUGCAGAACAGUGGAAAAACAACUUUUAAGCGAACAAGCAUUGAUCGGCUCAUGAAUGUCCUUGUGUUGGUGAUCUUUGCAUUUUUAGCACUGAUGUGUCUCAUCCUAGCCAUUGGCAAUGGUAUCUGGGAGCAUGAUAAGGGCUACUACUUCCAGGUCUAUCUGCCCUGGGCAGAGGGUGUCAACUCUGCCUCCUACUCUGGCUUCCUCAUGUUCUGGUCAUAUGUGAUCAUUCUAAACACCGUGGUACCUAUUUCACUCUAUGUCAGUGUGGAGAUUAUACGCUUGGGUAACAGUUUCUACAUUGACUGGGACCGUAAAAUGUAUUACCCACUGAAUGACACGCCAGCUCAGGCUCGAACCACUACACUCAACGAAGAACUGGGGCAGAUCAAAUACAUCUUCUCAGACAAAACAGGAACUCUCACCCAGAACAUCAUGUGUUUCAACAAGUGCUCCAUCAAUGGCAAAUCCUAUGGUGAUGUGUAUGAUAUGUCUGGACAAAGGAUAGAAAUAAAUGAGAACACAGAGAAGGUUGAUUUCUCAUACAACCCAUUAGCCGACCCAAAGUUUGCCUUUUAUGACAACAGCCUGGUUGAAGCUGUGAAGCUGAAUGAUGUCCCAACACACAGGUUCUUCCGGCUGCUCUCACUUUGCCACACGGUGAUGCCAGAGGAGAAGAAGGAAGGUAACUUGGUGUAUCAAGCACAAUCUCCUGAUGAGGGAGCCCUAGUCACUGCUGCCAGAAACUUUGGAUUUGUGUUCCGAGCUCGCACACCAGAGACCAUCACUGUUGUGGAAAUGGGAGAAACAAAAAUCUACAAACUUCUGGCUAUUCUUGAUUUCAACAAUGUUCGCAAACGAAUGUCUGUGAUUGUGCGGAGUCCAGAAGGUGACUUGACUUUGUACUGCAAGGGGGCUGACACCAUUCUUUAUGAACUGCUUCAUCCAUCCUGCAAUUCUCUCAAAGAGGAGACCACAGAACACCUGAAUGAGUUUGCUGGAGAAGGCCUGAGGACACUCGUGGUGGCCUAUAAGAGCUUGGAGGAAGACUACUUUCAGGACUGGAUCAGGCGUCACCAUGAAGCAAGCACUGCCUUGGAAGGACGGGAAGAGAAACUGUCGGAGUUAUAUGAAGAGAUUGAAAAAGACCUUAUGCUGCUAGGUGCCACAGCCAUAGAGGACAAGCUACAAGAUGGGGUACCACAGACAAUUGAGACUCUUGCCAAAGCCAACAUCAAGAUAUGGGUUCUCACUGGAGAUAAGCAAGAGACAGCAAUGAAUAUUGGUUACUCCUGCAACUUGCUGAAUGAUGACAUGGAAGAAGUUUUCAUUAUUGAAGGCAGCACAUCUGAUGAUGUACUGAAUGAGCUGAGGAAUGCAAGAAAAAAGAUGAAGCCAGACUCCUUUCUGGACAGUGAUGAAGUCAACAUUCAGUUUGAAAAAUCUUCAAAAAACCAAAUAAUUAUACCUGAUGAGCAAGCAAAUGGGGUGUAUGGUCUGGUUAUCACUGGCCACAGCCUGGCUUACGCGCUAGAAGGGAACCUGGAGCUGGAGCUGGUGAGAACUGCCUGCAUGUGCAAAGUGGUGAUCUGCUGUCGGGUGACUCCCCUGCAGAAGGCUCAGGUGGUGGAGCUAGUGAAGAAGUACAAGAAGGCUGUGACCCUGGCGAUUGGAGAUGGUGCCAACGAUGUCAGCAUGAUCAAAACUGCCCACAUUGGGGUUGGCAUCAGUGGCCAGGAGGGGAUGCAGGCGGUCCUGUCCAGUGACUUCUCCUUCGCACAGUUCCGCUACCUGCAGCGCCUGCUCCUGGUCCACGGACGGUGGUCCUACAUCCGCAUGUGCAAGUUCCUCAAGUACUUCUUCUAUAAGAAUUUUGCCUUCACCUUGGUGCAUUUCUGGUAUGGCUUCUUCUCUGGCUUCUCAGCACAGACUGUCUAUGAUGAGUGGUUCAUUACACUUUACAAUUUGGUAUACACCUCUCUCCCAGUGCUAGGAAUGAGUCUCUUUGAUCAGGAUGUGGAUGAUCGCUGGAGCAUGCUGUUCCCUCAGCUAUAUGUGCCCGGCCAGCAAAACCUCUACUUUAACAAGGUGGUGUUUGUCAAGUGCAUGUUGCAGGGGAUCUACAGUUCCCUCAUCCUCUUCUUCAUCCCCUAUGGGGCCAUGUACAAUACAAUGAGGAGUGAUGGGAAGGCCAUUGCUGACUACCAGUCCUUUGCUCUGAUGGCCCAGACCUGCUUACUGAUCGUGGUGUCUGUACAGAUUGGCCUGGACACCUCUUACUGGACAGUUGUCAACCAGUUCUUCAUCUGGGGCAGCCUUUCUGUUUAUUUUGCUAUCACCUUCACCAUGUACAGUGACGGCAUGUAUCUGAUCUUCACAGCCUCCUUUCCCUUCAUUGGUACGGCUCGUAACACCCUCAGCCAACCAAACGUGUGGCUGGCCAUCUUUCUCAGCAUCGCCCUCUGUGUGCUGCCGGUGGUUGGCUUUCGAUUCCUGAAGGCUCAGUUAAAGCCAACUCCCAGCGACAAGGUCCUGAUGAAAAUCAAAGAAGCCAAAAAGCGGCCCCCUCCACCCUCACCCAAGCGACGCCUGCGCCGGACCAGCACCCGCCGCUCUGGCUACGCCUUCUCUCACCAGCACGGCUUCGGAGCACUCAUCAUGUCUGGGAGAAACAUGCGGCCAAAGUCACCCUUUGCCACAACGGGAACAUUUUCACCAAACAGUGACAAAUAUAAACACAAAGGAUUGUAACGAAAGAAAAA